AUCACCGACUUCUUCGUAGUACAGAAAUUGAAACUUACCGCUACAUAAAUUUUAUAGCGUUUUAUUUUAAUUCGAAACUCAGUAUGCCUAAUUAAAACCAAGCUGAAUCUUUUACCAUUGUUAUCUUGUGAAUGCAUCAACUGAAACAUUUUUGUUGUCAAAUAUUCUGUCCAGUAUAACGCGUCUACUUGUUUAAAUUCACAGCGCCUUAUAUUAGGAUCAAUAUGUUCAUGAUAUAUUUGAUAGCAUUAAAAUAAACUCUCAGUUCUAUGCUAUGUAUCAUAUGCAGGCUGAUCUAUUUAUGAAGAGAAGUGCUACAGACUUACUAUUAAGCAAUGUUGUGGCUCACUAAGUUUAUCGUGCGAAAAUAGAAACAAGAAUGGUUUGCAUAGCAGUAUGGUGGAAUUGAAUGAAACACAAAUAGCCUUCCUUUGGAAACUGUUUCAGUCCGGAAUUUACGCUCUACAUUUUGAUAAACAAAUGGAGAAUCCGCCUUCAUCUUUAGCUCUUGUGAGACGCCGUAGACAGGCAAGAUUACGUCGGUCGUUGCAUGAUGUUACAGAUGAGGAAAUUGAGGAUUCCGUCGAUUCAAGUUGGAUAAGUCUGGCUGAUGAGAGUCGAUUAAUGUGUCAUUCUGGUUUUGAACUUGUGUCGAAGCGAAGGGAGGCCAACGCUAGAGAGAGGCUUCGAGUUCGAAAUUUAAAUUCAGGAUUUGCAAAAUUACGUCGAAUAUUGCCGACAGUCCCAUCAAACCGUAAACCAAGCAAAGUUGACACAUUACAGGGGGCAAUUGACUACAUUUAUGAACUUGAAAAAAUCCUCGAAGCAACGGGAGGAAUACCGAAUAUCAAGAAAACGAUCGGUUCUGCACCCCAUUGCCAUUCCCGACAGUCUGUCACUGAACGGCCGUUUAUUGACGAUGUUUUCACCGAUGUUCCACGCGUACCUCCUAUUCGUUACCCUCCGCCAUUUAACAGAUAUGAAGGUUCAACUUGUUGCUUACUGUGUCCAGAAAGUUCAUCGCCACCCUCAAAUUUUUUCCCGUACACCCAGAAUUUUUCGGGAAUGUCUUACUUGGCAGUUCCGCCACGUAGCUCUCGAUUGUCACCAAAUGGUUCAAACGGACUUCCGUCUCCAACAUCAUCGAUGACGUCAGAGGAAUCACAUCAUAACGAUCAUGGAGGAGUCUCUAGUAUGAACCCUGUUAGCAGCAAUAAAUACAGUUUAUCAGCAAGCUAUCCUGUUUUGAACCGGCAUCCAAUAACGGCAAACACAAGCGACCUUGCAGAGGAUAUUCGCGAAGACGAAAACAUGUAUGCUGAGUAUGAACAUACUGAAAACGUGGAACAUGAGACACAAUAUGAAUAUAAUUCACGGCAACCAGAGAGUGAAGACAGUAGUCAACAAAAUAUCUACAGAGGAGACAACCAAUUUGAGAGUAAUAUGAAAGAUACAACGGAACAACCAAGAUCAUAUUUUCUCUGCGAUGAAAAUAUCAACCGAUCUACAUUACCACCAGUAUCUUUUCUAUAUGGAAAUAAUUUAGUUGUGGACGCUUGAAUUUUACAAUAUAUAUAUAAAUUUCUGUACCAAUCUUUUACAACGUUGUUUAUAACAUGUUUGAAUUUGAGUCGAUAGAAAAGGUGCCUUUUCUUUUUUAGGCAG